AUAAGACUGCCCUCAGCUAAGCACUGUUGUGUGGGAGUGGAUCGCCCAACGAUAUCGCGUACCCUUUUGAACCAAGGUUUUCCUGAUUCAACGACCGCAAACGAUGGAGGAUAUAUUCCACUGGUGCCGAGAGGGAAACUCCAUCCAGGUUCGCCUGUGGCUGGACGACACGGAACAUGAUAUGAAUCUUGGUGAUGAUCAUGGCUUCAGUCCGUUGCAUUGGUGUGCCAAAGAAGGGCACACGAAGCUGGUUGAAAUGUUGCUGCAUCGUGGUGCACGUGUCAACGCUACGAACAUGGGAGACGAUAUACCGCUGCAUUUGGCGGCUGCCCACGGACAUGUGGACAUCGUGCAGAUGCUCGUUCGUCACCGCUCGGAUGUAAAUGCAGCGAACGAACAUGGAAACACGCCGUUGCAUUAUGCGUGCUUUUGGGGAUAUCAGGCCAUCGCCGAGGAACUGGUCAAUAAUGGUGCCUUGAUUUCGUUGGCCAACAAGGAUGGAGAUACGCCGCUGGAUAAGGCUAAGGCGGUACUAGCAACGCGCUUACACAAUCUUGCGGUGGAAAGUGGACAGGAGCUUAAGAAGAUCAGCUUCAAGGAUCAGAGCUGGUCCGGAAUGAAGACACGUUCGCGUGAUGCCACCCUGUCACGCUUCAAAGGUAUCAACAUCCAGGAGCUGACGCUGCACAACAAGGUAGCAAUAACACCCGGUGGCGAAACCUGGCGAGGCCGUUGGCAGAACAACGAAAUCAUCGCGAAGAUACUGAACAUUCGCGAGUGUACCGCGCGUGUGGCACGUGAUUUUAACGAAGAGUUUCCGAAACUACGCAUCUUUUCCCAUCCGAACAUUCUACCCGUGCUGGGUGCAUGCAAUGCUCCUUCGAAUCUAAUCGUCAUCAGCCAAUAUAUGCCACGAGGUUCACUGUACGAUCUACUGCACGGGACGGCGGGAAUUGUGGUCGAUACGGCCCAGGCCGUUCGCUUCGCACUGGACAUUGCCCGCGGUAUGGCGUACUUACACUCACUGGAACGGAUUAUCCCGGAGUAUCACUUGAGCAGUUUCCACGUGAUGAUUGACGACGAUUUGACGGCCCGCAUCAACAUGGCAGACGCUAAGUUCUCCUUCCAGGAGCGUGGACGAGUGUAUCAACCUGCAUGGAUGAGCCCGGAGACGUUGCUGAAGAAGCGAAGCGAUCGCAACUGGGAAGCCUGCGACAUGUGGAGCUUCGCCAUUUGCAUCUGGGAGCUGGCAACGCGCGAGGUCCCGUUCGCCGACCUCACACCGAUGGAGGCGGGCAUGCGUAUUGCACUGGAGGGUCUUCGGGUCACGAUCCCGCCGGGCACGUCGCCUCAUCUAUCGAAGCUUAUCAAAAUUUGCAUGAACGAAGAUCCUGGAAAACGUCCGACGUUCGAUAUGAUCAUCCCGAUCUUGGACAAGAUGAAACGCUAGUACAAUGCCUUCUCGAUUGCCAAUAAUGGUGCCUUAUCUGUCGUUGUAUGCGGAUUUCUGAGCAGUGCCUUACCGGAAGCGAACGCAGAACCAGCUUCCGAAAAUUAUUUAUUUCUAUACUGACCACUUUCCGUGCAUGCAAUAUGCGACCAACACUUAAGUACUAAACCCACUGGUAUCCAUCGAUCAAUUUGUGUUUUUUAACUGUUUGUGUCGUUUCGUUUUCAAUGUUAAUUAUCUUUUUUUAUAUACGAAACUAGUGGUAGACUCCGUGGAAAAGUAUUACAUUAAACAAUUGACAAAACCGAUAAUCACUUAUUUGCAACAAAGUGUUCGUUGAAACUAGCAAAAUAUUUUCAAACCAUAAUGUCCUGUUUAUUUUAAAUCCUACCUUUUUGUCGACGCGUUAAACCUCUCAAACUAAAACCGUAACUGUCUGUUGUAGUUAUUUAGCAUAGUUUAUGUAUUCGAAUAAUACAAUCAAUCUUA